CGCAAUCACAGGGUAGGGGUGUAUUGGUUGUGAAUCUUGAUGGAAAUAAUCGUUUCGAGGAUGAGGAACUGGACCCAGAACCAGAAGCUUACUACGGUCCACGAAAUCCUACUACCAUGAAUAAUCAGGGUUGUUAGGGUUUUUUUGUUUUUUCUUUAAUUUUUCAUUUUUUUAAAUUUGCUUUCUUUCUUUUCUGAAAUUCCUGAUCGAAUUCGACAAGAAAUGGGUCGGUCUCGAGCUGUAUCGCGUGCCGCUGACGACGAUCCUAACCAGAGAUCGAAAAGAAAAAGACCUGCUUCUGGUGCAGAGCCUAUAGAGAUAACAUCUUACAAUACAGUGCUAGGGCAAGGAAAUAGCGAACCAAAAGGGGCUCUUUACCAUUGUAAUUACUGUAACAAAGAUAUCUCAGGGAAGAUUCGGAUUAAGUGUGUAAUAUGUCCGAAUUUUGAUCUUUGUAUUGAAUGCUUCUCUGUUGGAGCUGAAGUGACCCCUCACAAUAGCAAGCAUCCUUAUAGGGUUAUGGAUAAUUUGGCUUUUCCACUUAUAUGUCCAGAUUGGAAUGCAGAUGAAGAAUCAUUACUUCUGGAGGGUAUUGAAAUGUAUGGAUAUGGGAAUUGGUCUGAAGUUGCAGAACAUGUUGGAACAAAAAGCAAAGCACAGUGUAUUGACCACUAUAAUGCUAUAUACAUGAACUCCCCCUUCUUUCCCCUCCCGGACUUGUCCCAUGUUAUGGGAAAGACCAGGGAGGAGCUCCUUACCAUGGCCAAAGAAAUAAAAAAAGCAGAGGCUCCAAUGCUUGGGGAGGUUCCAGUGGAAGAAGAGUCCCUCAGAUAUAAUGAAUCAAAAAAAGGUCCAAUCCCCCAAUCUUCAGCUCGCUCAACUUCUGAGGUAGGUACAGGUCCAGUCUUUGGUGCAGUGAAGAAGACAUCUAACAGAACCCAGAUCAAUCAUGAAGCUAAAGCAGAAGAAUCACAGGUGGAAACUCAGGUGGACAGGAGUAUUGGAGAGAAAAAACCUCGGUCAUUAGGGGAUGAGAGACCUUCUAUGAUGGAAUUGAGUGGCUAUAAUUUCAAGAGGCAAGAGUUUGAAAUUGAAUAUGACAAUGAUGCAGAGCAGUUAUUGGCAGAUAUGGACUUUAAGGAUUCUGACACCAGUGCUGAGCGUGAAUUAAAACUACGAGUACUGCAUAUUUACUCAAAAAGGCUUGAUGAGAGGAAACGCAGGAAAGACUUUAUAUUGGAAAGGAAUCUGCUUUAUCCUGACCCUAUUGAGAAAAACCUCUCACCAGAAGAGAAGGAGAUAUAUCAGCGGUAUAAGGUUUUCAUGCGGUUCCACUCAAAAAAAGAACAUGAGGAAUUUAUUAAGAAUAUUAUCGAGGAGCAUCGAAUUGUCAAAAGGAUACAAGACCUUCAGCAAGCUCGAGCCGCUGGUUGCCGAACAGCUAAUGAGGCAAAUAGGUUCAUUGAACAGAAGAGGAAGAGGGAAACCGAAGAAAGUGCACUUAGAAUCAAGGAGAGUUCUCAGGCUGGUCCUAGUGGCAAAGGUUUGCAAAAGCCAAAUCAUGUCAAAGGAGAAGCAGAUUGCAACAGCCCUCGUGGACUUGCCAGGGGAUCCACAAGUCUGCAUCUCGGCGGAAAGGAAUCAACUUUAACAACACAACCCAUUAUUGCAAGUUCCUUGGAUAAUUGGGACAUCUCUGGGUUACGAGGGUCUGAAUUAAUCUCUGAUACUGAGAAACAACUUUGCAAUGAGAUCCGAAUUCUACCUUCCCAUUAUCUAAAUAUGCUGCAGAUCAUUUCUACAGAGAUGUGGAAAGGCAAUGUUACCAAGAAAUCUGAUGCUUAUAGCCUUUUCAAGGUGGAACCAAGCAAAGUGGAUAAGGUUUAUGAUAUGGUUAUGAAGAAAGGAAUAACAACUUCAUCAUGAUUCCAUUUUUUCUUCUUGGCAAUUUUAGUAGGAAAAAAUGCUUGUAUAAAACUUUUUGUGUUGUAAGCAUAUAAAUAUUCAAUGAACA